UCUAUUGGUACCAAUUCUCUUUUAAUAAUCACUUUUGACAUUUGAGGUUAUUAUUAUUGCUGAAACGAAAAUAUUCAUACCAAGAGCAUAAAUAUCAAAUAUCUCCAAAUGAUUACAUACUGGGCAUAAAUUCAAAGUGUAUUUUUCCAAUUUUGAAAAUGCAUAAACUAAAAAACUCCCAACGGGAGAAAGUGAGAAAAUUCAUGUCAUUUACACAUGCUGGAGAAUCUACAGCGAUAUAUUGCCUUAGUCAAAAUGAUUGGAAAUUAGAUCUAGCAAGUGAUAAUUAUUUUCAAAAUCCAGAUGCUUAUUUUAAAGAGACACGAACUGUGGAUAAGAAAAAACUUGAAUCAUUAUACAGCAAAUAUAAAGACCCAAAUGAGCCUGAAAAGAUCACAGCCGAUGGAAUAAUGAGAUUUCUAGAAGAUUUGAGUCUUGAUGCAGAUUCAAAACUUGUAUUGAUAAUUGCUUGGAAAUUUAAAGCUGCUACUCAGUGUGAAUUCACAAGAGAAGAGUUCAUGACUGGCAUGGGCGAAUUAGGUUGUGAUACAAUUGAUAAAUUAAAAUCAAAGUUUUCUACAUUGGAAAAUGAACUUAAGGAUAUUUAUAAAUUCAAGGACUUAUAUCAUUUUACCUUCAAUUAUGCGAAGAAUCCUAACCAGAAAGGACUGGAUCUAGAUAUGGCCAUUGCAUAUUGGAAUAUUGUGUUGAAGGGAAAGUUUAAAUUUCUCGAUCUAUGGUGUACCUUUUUACAGGAGAAUCAUAAGAGAUCUAUUCCAAAAGAUACUUGGAAUCUUCUUCUGGAUUUCGCUCAGCAAAUUUCCGAUGAUAUGUCGAAUUAUGAUGAAGAAGGAGCGUGGCCAGUACUCAUAGAUGACUUUGUAGAAUGGGCAACUAGUAAAGAACGCGAACCACAUAGCACUAGUCAGGUUGAAUAACACUCAAUUUUAAAACUAUGUUGAAACCACCCUUAUAUUUUGUUCAUGAAGUUAAAGUGCCAAUCUUUCACAAAAGUAAUCACCAUUCAAAUUCACGUGGUAUUUGGUUCUUCACCGUAUUUGAAAAUGAAAAAAAUAUAAAGGGUGGGUAUAGAUCGAUCAUUGCUGGUGUGAAUUGUAUGAUUUGGAGAUACUAUAAAGGUUUCAAUAAUUUUUCAGUUGAGUUGGACUUCUAUAUCUCUGAGAAUAUCUAAUAUAAUUUAUGGAGUUGAUAUUUUUAGAACAGUUAUCAGAUCUUUAAAUAACAGAUUAAUGUCUCCAACGAAGAAUAGUUGCCAAUGUGAUUUAAUUUUUUAUUGUAUAUAUUUAUAUAUAGUCGAAGAUCGGAAGAUCAUCUUAUAGAAACUGCAAAUGAAAAUUACAUGAUAUUAAUUUUAGGUGGUUGCAAUGAAAGUAGGCACGUGUGCUUUCUGUUCACGAAAUUAAAAAAUAAUUUAUCGGUUUAAAUAAAAAUUUUAAUUGGAAUUGGAAAAUUCUCAUUGUGUUAUUGAACAAAAUCAAUUGUGAAACUAAAUUCGAUAAUAUUGAGGAAUAAAUUGUAAUUAGGGUGGUUUGAAUUGAAUUAUCAUUUUCCUUCAAAGACAAAAUAAUUAAGUGAAAAGAUGAAACUUGUAAAUAGAUUUAAGCCAUUCAAUAUUCUUGUGUAUAUAUAAAUGAAGCUUUUAUUGCAAAUAAAUUUGUUUUCUUUACGA